AUGGAAUAUAAAUCGACUAAAGAAAAUUUCGUAUCGGGUGGUCAAGGUUGUUCUAUGCUCGAUGUUUUAGCAAUAGCCAUUACCGCUUUGUUUACUUACUUCAUUUGGUCUUUGGUCAACGGCCGUCUCACAUCUCGACAAACUCCUCAAUUGACUAUCCUGCUUACCGAGUUCUUUAUGCUUACCACGCCCCUCUUACUGGCUAUCACCAUCUUUUCUGACUAUCUGUGGACCUUCAAUGUCGCCCUCGCCCUUCUCUCUUGGUCGGUCUCGUUCGCCCCCAUCCGUUCACCAGUCGGUCUACCUCAGUCCCGUCCCAAGGCCUCUUCUGCUGCCUACGAUGCUCGAAAGGCCAAGUCAUCAACUCCACCAUCCACCCCAAGUGCUUCAGACUAUACUCACAAGGAUCUUAAUUUCAAUCAGUCACAACAUCUCUCAGAAACUCUUCUGCAUCAUCGCCAUCCUCUCAAGCCAUCUGAAUCUUCAAAGACAGAUGACACUGUAAAUCUCAUGUCUUCGAAAAAACCAGAGAUAAAAUUUCACCAAGAAUUUGUGACCCUAUACCGAGCCCAAAUGAUGUUGCUUACCGUCCUGUCAAUCCUAGCCGUCGAUUUUCCAGUCUUUCCUAGAAAAUUUGGUAAGACUGAACACACUGGGGUUUCUCUUAUGGAUCUCGGUGUCGGUUCCUUUGUUUUUUCACUUGGAAUCGUCGGUGCGCUUCCAGUGCUUAAAGGCACCCCUACUCAGCAGUCAUUUUGGGUAGAAGUUUGGAACGGUGUCCGUAAAACGGUGCCGCUCGUCUUGCUCGGAUUAAUCAGGACAAUAUUAGUGAAAGGAGUGGACUACCCAGAACAUGUAACCGAAUAUGGUGUUCAUUGGAAUUUCUUUUUCACACUUGCUAUACUCCCAAUGGUAGGUGUGGCCGCUCAUAGACUCAUGGCAAUCAGCCGUCUUGGUUUCGCAUCUCUUGGCUUACUCUUGGGUAUAUUUCAUCAAUUGAUGUUAAGUUAUGCUGGUGUGGAAAACUACGUGCUCUCAGACGCGCCCCGUCAUGGAUUGAUCUCAGCUAACCGCGAAGGAAUUUCCAGUCUUGCCGGGUAUGGGGUCAUAUACCUUCUUGGUCUUGACAGCGGCUGCUAUGUCCUCCCACCCCAUCCUGAUUACCUCAAGAAAGGUCGAACUGAGACUCGGGCAGGCAAACGGGCCACAGUCUUGGCCAGCUGGGGUAUCGUUUGGUGGACGCUUGUUUUCUUACUUGGACGACCUUGUCGAAGGACGGCCAACGGUGCGUAUUGUGCAUGGGUAGCUGCCAUGAAUGUUUUCUUGUUGCUUGGGUACGAACUCCUCGGAGGUUCGCUACCCAAAACGUACGAGGCGGUAAAUAGAAAUAGUCUAGCAGUAUUCUUAGGUGCCAAUCUUUUGACAGGACUGGUGAAUGUUUCGAUAGAGACGGUCUUUGUGACGGAUGCUCGAAUCUCGCUACUUCUCUUGGAAGCUUACCUGGCUGUUGUUAUCAUGGUCGCGUGGCUUGCUCGUGAAUACAAAUUGAAAAUAUGA